AUUCAGUUUCCAAUCCUCGAGAAGAACAGAAGUGAAAGUUUAAGUGCGCAGCAAACUACCGAAUUCAGUGAAUUAAUUGAUUCAAGAGUGAAUUCUAAUUACUCAUACUACAUUUAAAGAGAAGCAUCUAAGAAUGCAGAUUUUCGUAAAAACGUUGACUGGUAAGACCAUCACUCUGGAGGUCGAGCCUUCGGAUACCAUCGAGAACGUCAAGGCUAAGAUCCAGGAUAAGGAGGGCAUUCCUCCAGAUCAGCAGCGUUUGAUCUUCGCUGGAAAGCAGCUGGAGGACGGACGCACUCUGUCGGACUACAACAUCCAGAAGGAAUCGACCCUUCAUCUGGUCCUCCGUCUGCGUGGAGGAAUGCAGAUCUUUGUAAAGACGCUGACUGGCAAGACCAUCACUCUAGAGGUCGAGCCUUCGGAUACCAUCGAGAACGUCAAGGCUAAGAUCCAGGACAAGGAGGGAAUUCCUCCAGAUCAGCAGCGUUUGAUCUUCGCUGGAAAGCAGCUGGAGGACGGACGCACUCUGUCCGACUACAACAUCCAGAAGGAAUCGACCCUUCAUCUGGUCCUCCGUCUGCGUGGAGGAAUGCAGAUCUUUGUAAAGACGCUGACUGGCAAGACCAUCACUCUGGAGGUCGAGCCUUCGGAUACCAUCGAGAACGUCAAGGCUAAGAUCCAGGACAAGGAGGGCAUUCCUCCAGAUCAGCAGCGUUUGAUCUUCGCUGGAAAGCAGCUGGAAGACGGACGCACUCUGUCCGACUACAACAUCCAGAAGGAGUCGACCCUUCAUCUGGUCCUCCGUCUGCGUGGAGGAAUGCAGAUCUUUGUAAAGACGCUGACUGGCAAGACCAUCACUCUGGAGGUCGAGCCUUCGGAUACCAUCGAGAACGUCAAGGCUAAGAUCCAGGAUAAGGAGGGCAUUCCUCCAGAUCAGCAGCGUUUGAUCUUCGCUGGAAAGCAGCUGGAGGACGGACGCACUCUGUCGGACUACAACAUCCAGAAGGAAUCGACCCUUCAUCUGGUCCUCCGUCUGCGUGGAGGAAUGCAGAUCUUUGUAAAGACGUUGACUGGCAAAACCAUCACUCUGGAGGUCGAGCCUUCGGAUACCAUCGAGAACGUCAAGGCAAAGAUCCAGGACAAGGAGGGCAUUCCUCCAGAUCAGCAGCGUUUGAUCUUCGCUGGAAAGCAGCUGGAAGACGGACGUACUCUGUCCGAUUACAACAUCCAGAAGGAAUCAACCCUUCAUCUGGUCCUCCGUCUGCGUGGAGGAAUGCAGAUCUUUGUAAAGACGCUGACUGGCAAGACCAUCACUCUGGAGGUCGAGCCUUCGGAUACCAUCGAGAACGUCAAGGCAAAGAUCCAGGACAAGGAGGGCAUUCCUCCAGAUCAGCAGCGUUUGAUCUUCGCUGGAAAGCAGCUGGAAGACGGACGCACUCUGUCCGACUACAACAUCCAGAAGGAAUCGACCCUUCAUCUGGUCCUCCGUCUGCGUGGAGGAAUGCAGAUCUUUGUAAAGACGCUGACUGGCAAGACCAUCACUCUGGAGGUCGAGCCUUCGGAUACCAUCGAGAACGUCAAGGCAAAGAUCCAGGAUAAGGAGGGCAUUCCUCCAGAUCAGCAGCGUUUGAUCUUCGCUGGAAAGCAGCUGGAAGACGGACGCACUCUGUCGGACUACAACAUCCAGAAGGAAUCGACCCUUCAUCUGGUCCUUCGUCUGCGUGGAGGAAUGCAGAUCUUUGUAAAGACGCUGACUGGCAAGACCAUCACUCUGGAGGUCGAGCCAUCGGAUACCAUCGAGAACGUCAAGGCUAAGAUCCAGGACAAGGAGGGCAUUCCUCCAGAUCAGCAGCGUUUGAUCUUCGCUGGAAAGCAGCUGGAGGACGGACGCACUCUGUCCGACUACAACAUCCAGAAGGAAUCGACCCUUCAUCUGGUCCUCCGUCUGCGCGGAGGAAUGCAGAUCUUUGUAAAGACGCUGACUGGCAAGACCAUCACUCUGGAGGUCGAGCCUUCGGAUACCAUCGAGAACGUCAAGGCUAAGAUCCAGGACAAGGAGGGCAUUCCUCCAGAUCAGCAGCGUUUGAUCUUCGCUGGAAAGCAGCUGGAAGACGGACGCACUCUGUCCGACUACAACAUUCAGAAGGAAUCAACCCUUCACUUGGUUCUUCGUCUGCGCGGAGGAAACUGAAUCAAAAAAGACGAAUCUAUUCUGUUAACCACUUUUAAAGCGUAAUUUUCAUUGAAUUAGUGUAUGUAUCCAUGUGUCAUGUGUCAGUUCCUGAUAUAGUUAAAUGGAUGGAUGGAUAUGGUUUUACUAAAUAUGAUGCUGUUUCGCUUUGAAAGUGGUUAACACUAUCACUAUCAAUAUGGCUUUCACAUUUCCAAGCUUUGUCAAUGUUCGCUUAAUCAGUGUUGCUCCAAAUUGAUUGGUACAGCCGUUAAAAUUGCUUGCCAAAUUCCGUUUAUGUCGAGACGAUAGCCGAAGCAAUUGGACUGUUUGAAUAAUCAAUUUCAUUAAAUUUAGAUUGGGAAACAAACAUGUAGACGGACCCAUAAGUGAUUGAAAUAAAGUCGCAACAGUUAGAA